AUUUUUGAGUAAAAUUGAUAAGCAUAAUAACACCAAAAGUGUAUUGCAUGCAUAAAAGAACAUAUGUAUGCAAAAAUACAGCAAGUUUUGAAAAAGUCAAAAAAUCGUCAGUUUGCCUUACAAUCCCCUUUACAAAUCCUCAAUUGCCUACCGGCUAACUUUGAACCAUACCUGCAAAGAUUUGUUCACAAUGAUUGUUCAAUCUUCAGUUUCAACAACUCUGGGCUCCGACAAAUGUACUCACGAAAUCUUCCUGAUAUCCAGUCAUUGCCGGCUAGCGUAGAUACUGCCCGAUUUAAGCGCUUCCUUCGAAUCUCAAUCCCAGGUCGCACUAGAAAUCUCUGGUAUUGCCUUUUACACAACAAGAUCUCUUGCAAGUCGAUAACUGCCGCUAUCUUGCAACUACCAGAUGAUAAAUGUGGAUUUUGUGGUCUAACACAAACUCCCGAACACAUGUUGUUUACAUGCACGGCCAACAAAGACAUCUGGACAAAUGCUAUCAAUUUGUUCUUCGAGCACCCUUCUCGUUUCUCUCUUUCCCAGCUUUACCUAGAUGUAAUAGCUUUGAACAUUGAUCAUUACCAACUACUAGAUACACAUCUUCGCCUUAAUUGAUUUGAAGUUCUCUCUGCUGUCUUCUCCUCUAUUUGGAACGCGUACUGGCGCCACCACUUUGAUGCUCGCUUUUAUGAUGGUCAAGUUAUACUCGACGACACCAUCAAAACUAUACGAAAAUUAUCUGCUUUCAAAUAUUUGUAAAUUCUGCCUUUUUGAGACAAGUCACUGGUUCCUACACUUGUUCUCUUUCCUUAUAUCCCCCUUUU